GUCGCCGCGGCCGCGUUCCACCCGCACAAGCCCAUUUUAGCGACGGUGUCCGACGACAUGACCUGGAAGCUCUGGAGCGUGCCGAACUGCGACCUCGUCAUGUCCGGCGAGGGCCACCGGGACUGGGUCGCGGGCGUCGACUUCCACCCCGCGGGCACGCACCUCGCGACGUCGUCGGGCGACAAGACGGUCAAGGUCUGGGACUUCGCGGGCGCGUCCUGCGCGACGACGUUCACGGACCACACGCAGGCCGUCUGGGACUGCGCCUUCCACCACACGGGCGACUUUUUGGCGUCCUGCUCCAUGGACCACACGACGCGGCUCUGGGACCUGAGCUCGCUCCGCUGCCGCAUGACGUUCCGGGGCCACGUCGACAGCGUCAACUCGUGCUGCUGGCAGCCCUACUCGAACAACAUCUGCACGGCCUCCGGCGACAAGACCGUGUCCAUCUGGGACGCGCGGUCCGCGCUCUGCGUCCAGACGUUCUACGGCCACACGAACGCUGCGUGCAACUCCGUCGCCAUCAACAACCGGGGCGACGUCAUCGCGUCCUGCGACGCCGACGGGGCCAUCAAGCUCUGGGACGUGCGCACGGUCACGGAGAUCGGCACGAUCCAGGUCAGCCAGCACCCGUGCAACAAGGUCGGCUUCGACCGGUCCGCGACGCGCAUCGUCUGCGCCUCCGACGACGGCCUGCUGCGGGGCUACUCCACCGAGGACCUGAGCCAGCAGUGCUGGAGCGGCCGCGGCCACGAGGACGCCGUCCAGUGCGUCGCCUUCGACCCCGCGGACACGCUCCUCGUCUCCACGUCGACGGACUGCACCUUCCGCAUCUGGAGCUGA